AUGCUGAUUGACGCCUACCGCGACGAACGCCCCGGGAUCCGCAUCGCCUAUAGGACGGACGGUCACCUGCUGAAUCAACAGCGGAUGCACUUCCAUUCGCGCGUAUCCACAACCACCGUCCACGAACUUCUCUUCGCCGACGACUGCGCCCUGAACACCACCUUGGAAGAGGAGAUGCAACGCAGUAUGGACCUAUUCUCCGCCGCCUGCGAGGACUUCGGUCUGGUCAUUAACACGCAGAAGACGGUGGUGAUGCACCAACCGCCAUCCAACUCAGCCACAGCCUCCAACGCGGCGCAAAUCAGCGUGAAUGGGACCCAACUGCAAGUGGUGGAGAACUUCCCGUACCUGGGCAGUACUCUUUCCCGCAACACCAAGAUCGAUGACGAAGUCGCCAACAGGAUCUCGAAAGCCAGUCAAGCCUUCGGCCGCCUCCAAAGCGCAGUUUGGAAUCGACACGAUCUUCAACUGAGCAAGAAGCUGAAGAUGUACAAGGCCGUCAUCCUGCCGACGUUACUGUAUGGAGCGGAGACUUGGACGGUUUACACAAAGCAGGCAUGCCGACUGAACCACUUCCACCUCAUUUGUCUUCGUCGCAUCCUGAGGCUGAACUGGCAGGAUCGCAUCCCCGACACUGAUGUGCUGGAACGAACGGGAAUCCUCAGCAUCUACUCCAUGUUGAGACAAAUGCAGCUGCGCUGGAGCGGCCACCUGGUGCGCAUGGAGGACGAGCGACUACCCAAACGACUCUUCUACGGAGACGUCGCGACGGGAUCUCGUCGCCAAGGAGGUCAAAUUCGCCGUUACAAGGAUACCCUGAAGUCCUCCCUGAAGCGUCUACAUAUCAACCCGACCAAUUGGGUAGAGCUCUCACACGAUCGACCGACCUGGAGGAGGGCAGUGAAGACAGGCGCUGCGACCUACGAAGCCAACCGCAUCGCUGCUGCCAAAGUGAAACGCGAAGCCCGGAAAUCACAACUUCGCCCAGUACGCAACGCCGCCGCACAACCGCUUCCAACUUGUCCUCGAUGUCAACGGACAUUCCGGGCUCGAAUCGGGCUUGUUGGACAUCUUUGGAUCAACUGCGACUCUCUAACUGCACCAACAGCCUCUGCACCCGCCUCUUCCUCCUCUCCGCCGCCAACUAACUCUGACAAUUCUUCUGAUCCACCACUUCCAUCAUCCCCCUCCUCCUCCUCCUCCUCCACCACCACCACCACCACCACUACCACUGCCCCAACGGCGGCCGCUCAGGCGGCCGUCUCGCACACCACCAACCGCGACACAACAACUGACACCACCCCCACCUGCCCCGACUCCAGGGAUGAGGAUCAGGACUACACCUGCCCUCACUGCCCUCACUGA